UCCUCGAGAUUUAGUGCAGCAGGAGCCCAGAGUUGGGACUACUUCCCUUUCAGUUACAACCCUGGGUUUUACUGCCGUCUUCAGAGCUUCACUGAGUACCAACUACAAGUGUGCCUCUGGUACCAAUUGGUAUCACUGCCCACCAGAUCUUCAGCUUUUUCAAACAAAAGAGGGAAAUGCAAAUAAUUGGAAAUAAAUGUUUGGUGCUCUAAAUUCAGGAGAGGCUCAUUCCACCACUUAAUUGUGCCCGUGACAUUUCAUUUUGAAUGCAGAAUUUAUUCUCUCUCUACUUCAGCUUGACAAUAAAUGGCUACCCUUCCCUUUAGCAGUCACUUCCAUCCACGCCAGGACCACCUUACAGCAACCUUAAUGCUGUUCUCUCAUGAGCCCUUCCACUAUCCCAAGCAGUGCCUAAAGGCAAUGGGGAAGAUUACCACUGCAGACCUGCUGCCCCAGCAUGUGAUCUGAUAGCCAUUUGCAAAUUAGCUCCUUAUUUAACAUUGCACUUGUUUCCCCCCAUAACCCUUAGUAGUGUAACACCUAUGGCAAUCUUUGCUUUUUCUUUGAGUAAAAUAAUGUUUCUUUUACAGAAGUGUUCCUGAAGACUCUUCAACUACAGGAAAAGCUGCAUGACUGCAUCUUUAGAGGAGUUGGUUUCGCUGGUUCCAAGGAUUCUGUUAAUGAGAAAACUCCACAGGCCAGCAUUCUGUAAGCUUGCUCCAGCAGCCCAGUUGACAGUGGCUGAGGCCAGUUCCUGAUCAUCCUAUCUGAGGAACACCAGGAAUCAAGGCCAGAGGUGUGAACAAGGUGUCAACUCUGAAGGGAAGGUUUUUCUAAGGAUGGACCCACACCAGAAGGUCCCUAGCAUAUAUAAUGGGCAUACUUUACAAACUCCUGAGUAUGAAAAAGUCUCUCAGUAUGAGGACCAAUUAGAAAGGCAUGAGGGUAGGCGCAUGGAAGAAAGACGAUAUAAAUGCAAUGAAUGUGGAAAGAAGUUUGCCCAGAGCUCAGGCCUUGUUCGACAUCAGAGAAUCCACACUGGAGAGAAACCCUAUGAGUGUGAUCACUGUGGAAAAGCCUUUAGCGUGCGCUCAACCCUCACUGUGCAUGAAAGAAUCCACACUGGUGAGAAGCCUUAUGUUUGUAAUGAGUGUAAGAAAGCCUUCAGUGUAAGGGCACACCUGAUUAUACAUCAGAGAAUCCACAAUGGAGAGAAACCCUAUGAAUGUAAUGAGUGUGGCAAAGCAUUUAGUGUGAGCUCAGACCUUAUCAAACAUCAGAGAAUCCAUACUGGUGAGAAACCUUAUGAGUGUGAUGAGUGUGGAAAAGCUUUCAGUGUGAGCUCAGCCCUCAUCAAGCAUCAGAGAAUCCAUACAGGAGAAAAGCCAUAUGAGUGUAAGGAAUGUGGGAAGGCUUUCUAUGUGAACUCAGCACUUAUUAAUCACCAGAGGAUUCACUCUGGAGAAAAGCCCUAUGAGUGUGGAGAGUGUGGAAAAGCAUUCAGCCAGAUCUCAACACUUAUUCAUCACCAGAGAAUCCAUACUGGAGAGAAACCAUAUGAGUGUGAAGAGUGUGGGAAAGCUUUCCGUGGGAGUUCUAACCUUACUAAACACCAGAAAAUACAUGCCAAAGGAAAGUGUCAUCAGUGAUUUAUGGGCAAAUAUAUUCCAAAGGGCUUUUGUUACAUCAGAAGAUACCAUCGAAAGAAGAGUAUGGUUAAAGUUAAUGCCUUAAUUGACACUUCACCCUUGAAAUACUGAAGUGAGAAAUCACUGAAAAGUAACUCCAUCAGCAUUGUUUCUAAGGCUCUAAAGUCACAUCUACUUCUGAGAAUGCAAUUUUGCAACUCAUAAGAAUGGAGGUUUACAGACAGUCAUCUGGGUGGAGGACACCCUUUUGGGAUCAGCACUGAAAGUAAUGCCAUAUCCCAUUCCAAACCAGCACAACUAUAAAUACUAAGCACUGAAGAAGUUGAAGAACAAAGACAUUGAAUAACUUGUCCAAGAUCAUGCAGUUAGGAAAUGGUAGAGCCAGGAAUUGAAACCAGAAGUCUGACUUCACAAUCUUUUCUCUUAACCACAGUGCUGUAUUAUGAGAGUUUUAAUCUGAAGAACAGGAAAAUAAACCCAAAGAAAGCUGAAGGAAGAAAGUACUAAAGAAAAGAGCAGAAAUCAAUGAAAAAGCAAACAUAUAUCCUCACUUAGAGCCUUCAUAUAUAAAGAGUGUGUUUUAGAUGAUGACUCCUGGCCUUAAACAGGAGGCUGUUUCAAAGCAAGACUUUUCCAGAAGAAGUCCAACACAGAGCGAUGUCCAGGGGACUAAAUAGAAACAUUUAUCAGGGACCCAACACUGAACAAGUUCAUGGGCUUCUGAAUAGUUUUCCCAAGUGAAGGGAGAUCCCCUUUGAAGAAGCACAACAGACAUUGCCUAAAGCUAAGGAGAGUAUCACUGAUAAAGGAACCUGAGACAUCUGGGAGAGUUUGCUCUGAAAUUCAGUCCUGCCAAUGCGCUGAGAGUGGGAAACCCUCCUUUCAGUUUGCACAUGAUUUUCAACUUCAGCAACUGUAAUAAAACAAGCAGGCUCUCAAUGUCAAGUUAGUGGACAAGUCGUUUUUAUGAAAAUAUCCCUCCCUAUUUAAAAAAGCCUUAACACACCAGCAGCCCUGAUUUAAACACCAGCAUGUCCAAACUGGAGGAAAGCCCUAUGUGUAUCCUCAACAUGGAAAGACCUUCAGUGUAAACCCAAGUCCCAUGAAACAACAGAAAAGCCAUCCUGGAGAGGACUUGCAUGAGAGUAAAGAAUGUGGCAAAAUCUUCAGACACUGGAUCUUGUCAGACAUCAGAGAGCUCUUGUGGAUAUCUACAGUGUGGAAAGCCUUCUGUGCGAACUCAGUAUUAUUGAACAUAAGUAAAUUCAUUUUGGA